CACCAGUAAUGCAACCAUAAAUUUACACACCAAAAAAUAAUAAAUUGUAGCUUACUAUAAAAUCGUUGAAAGUCAUUAACCAUAAAGAAAAAAAUAUGCUUUAUUUAAGAAAAACAAAAGAAGAAGGCAAGAUUUGAGGAGGAAGAGGAUGACGAUAUAAUUGGAGGUCUAGAAGUUCAGGAAAUACCAAUUGAGAAAGAGGUUGAUGAUAAUGCAGUAUGCGAUGUUUGCAAACAUAUCAUAGAAGAAGAAAAUAACGAAAUGAUAUUUUGUGAUGGUUGUAAUUUAUGUGUACACCAAGCAUGUUAUGGGGUCCAAGUUAUCCCUGAGGGGGACUGGUUUUGCAAAACAUGUGUCGCAGGAGUCAAACCGAAGUGUGCGUUGUGUCCACACAAUGAAGGCGCAAUGAAAAUGACAAGCGAUGGUAAACAGUGGGCUCACGUGAGUUGUGCAUGGUGGAUACCUGAAGUGACAAUAGGAAACCCAAAGGAAAUGGCACCGAUAGUAGGCAUAGAAACAGUUCCGGAAGAGAGGUGGUCUCUUAUUUGUUCGUUAUGUAAAAUAAAAGAUGGGGCUUGUAUCCAGUGUUCUGUCAGGAAUUGUGCGAAACCAUUCCAUGUUACAUGUGCAUAUUUACAUGGUUUAAGAAUGGAUGAUUUUCCUUCAGAAGAAAACACAGCUCGCAUGUUUCAGGCUUACUGUAAAACGCAUAGCAAUCAAGGUAAAACUCUGAAGAAAAAACGACGAAGAGACUAUAAUGCACAAAGUAGACCAAAGAGAAAAGAGAUAAUGAAUCAAACAAUUACCUCAACGAGAGAAAGUAAGCCAGAUUCCUCAACAGGCACAAGUGAAGUGUUAAUUGAGGAACAGCCUAUAGCCUCAGUCCCAAAUUUAGAAGGAGCGAAUAAUGGUAUAAGCUGGAAAACUAUUCAUGGAACGAAAAAACUGAAAUUAUCAUAUUAAUUAUCUACUUGUUGUAUAUAACAUUAUCUUGAAUACUUUAUUCCAAAAUCAAAUACAGCACUCAGAAUUAUAUUAAAUAUUUCUUUUUUACUUGAAUAAUAAAAGUGCAUUGCAAUUA